AAAGUAUCAAAAGGAGUUCAGAAUGGAGAGUAUGAUCUCAUUUUUUUCAUUCGCAUUUAAACAGAGUGGAAAACAUGCCAUAUGUCAGAGUCACAGGUGCAGCUCUCUUGUUAUUCGUUUAGCAAUAACUAGAACUGCUUGGAUUCCUGUAGGACAGAAGUGGCUUAGACAAGAGUAUAGUUCAAUGUGACUAGGGAGCAGAUAGCAAGGAAGGGUGUACCAAGGGUUAAAAAUGAAAACAGAGUGCCAGGUAGGGAUCAAUUUGUUAAGGGUUUGAACGCUAUGGAAUGGAAUCAGGAAGUAAUUUUAGAGGUAAGAUGCUGCCAUUUGAUAAUUAUGUUUCUUUAUUAGAUGGGAGGGUAGUAAGAGGUUCAAAUGACAACAAACUGUGAAUUGAGUUUUAGGGGGAGAUUAUCUGUUUUUGUUUAUUACUGGAGAGAUUAAAAAUCCUCUCUGAAUUUGCCAUAGGAAGUACCCAUCUACGACAAAUAACAUGAAACUUUUCUGGGAAAUAGGCUCUACGAGAGCAAGGAACUCCAACAGAUCUGACCUCAGUCACACCUUUGUGGUAGCUCGAAACAUGGUGCUGUUUUCCACAAGAUUCUCCCAAGGAAUGAAUAGCACACACACCACCCACUUCUACCUUGUAGAAUGUGCAUGUUCAUUUGUGUUAGCGUUGAUCUCUUUGGCCCAGUUUGGCCUUAUCCAUAGUCCUAAACUACUCUGCUAAUAUAGAAAGCACUUAGGAUGUAGAAAAUGAGAGAGGUGAGUGAAAGCAGUGGCCUCUGAACAAAUUCCAUGGCACAGGAUUACUGAACAAUAUUCAUUACCCCUAAGAAUUAAAGGAAGGAUUUCAAUUGUAGCUGAAGAUGGCAAACCCUAUAUAAUUCUUUUUCCUCUUUCCAAUGCCCUACUGAGUUCCUUGACGGUUGAGGGCUAUGAUACAGCUAUCUAUGCUUUAGCCCAACUAUUUUGGUAGCAGAAAAUAAACAAGCUGACUCCUCUUCCUGGCCAAAAUGUUGGCAUCAUGCAUCCCCAAACACACAUGUGCACUUGCACACAGACAUGAACAAACCCCUGAAUGAACAGGCCCUAUUCUAAUGUUGCCAUCUCUACCCUUAGAGGCUCCAAACAGUUCUGACAUCCUUCUGAAACAGAAAACCCAAUUCUUCCCAUCUAGUCACUUUCAUUCUCAUUUCCCACCCAUCCUAGCAUAUUCUGGCUCUAGCUACCCUGGGUGACUGGAUGUUUUACAAACUUAUUUUGUGCUUGACACCUCUGGGCCAUUCCUGUUGCUGUUCCCUUAGGCUAGAAUCCUCUUAUAAACCACAAAUCCUUCCCAUUCGUUUCAUCACUUAGAGAUCAAAUCCUCUUUGAGCCUUUCUGGGCAAUUGCCCCUGCACCAAGACACCCAGAUUAAGCUAUAGUUCCUUGCUUGCUCCUUCUUCAAUGUUUGUACCAUAUGUUGAUUGGCCCUCUAUUAGAGCACUCAUUCCCGUGUAUUUUGUAUGAUCCAUUUUAAAUAAACAAGGCUAUAAAUUGAAGGUCAGAUGGUGCAACAGAGAGUAGUUAUGCUUGAGAUUCUGACACCACAGUUCAAACUCUGGUCUUUCUCAAUUGUUUCUGGCCAAUUUUAGACAAGUAAAUUCACCUUCUUCACACAGUUUGCUCAUCUGUAAAAUGAGGACCAUAAAGAGUAGCUACAAGGGGUGGGUGCUGUGGCUCAUUGGGUUAAGCCACUUCUUGGGAUAACUGCAUCCCAUACUGGACAAUGUGCCAGUUCAAGUCCUGUCUAUUCCACUUUCAAUCCAGCUUCCUGCUGAUGCAUCCUAGGAAACAGUAGGUGAUGGCUCUAGUACUUGGGCUCCAAACAUCAAUGUAGGAGACCCGAAUGGAGUUCUGGGCUCCUGGCUUCAGCUUGGGCCAGCCCUGGCUGUUGUAGGUAUUUGGGAAGUAAAUCGCUCUCACUCUCUCUCACUCUUUCUGCCUUUCAAGUAGAUGAUAAUAAACGUGACUAAUAUAUAAAGCUACCAGGGCAGAUUUGUGGCAUGCAGUUAAGUUGCUAAUUGAGACACCAGUAUUCUGUAUCAGAGAAUCUGGUUUGAGUCCCAGCUACUCUAUUUCCAAUCCAGCUUCCUCCUGAUGUGCACUCUGGGAGGCAGCAGUGAUGGUUCAAGUACCUGGCUCCCUGCCACCCAUGUAGGAGAACCUGACUCAGCUCUGUGCUCCUGGCUUCAGCCUGGCCCAGCUGGGGCUGCUGUUGGCAUGUGAGGAGUGACACAGCAGAUGGAAGAUCUCUCUCCAUCUGUCUCUCUUUUCUCUGUCUGCUUUCUAAAUAAGAUGCAAAUAAACAAAUAAAAUGUAAAAGAGUUGCUGUCUUACAGAAAGGAUUAAAUGGUUUAGUAUGAGGAACAUGAAAGCACCAGAAACAGUGCUUGGAAAGAACUCCAUAAGGGUUAGCUCUCAUCAUUUUUCACCAUUUUUUAGACCUACCCAAGAAUGUGUCACGUGCAAAGAAUCAUUACGUUCAUCCUGUGAUAUGCCCCUAAAACCCAGCACUGUGUCUGGCAUAUGGCACAUGCUCAAGAAACAUCUGUGGAGUGGGUGGAUGCAUUAAUGAAUCUACAAAAUAAUUCCCAGCAACAUCCUCCUCCCAAUUCUCUGAAUCCUCUGCUGGCUAUUAGCACAGAAAAACUUUAACUGGAGUGUCACUGAAAACAUCCUCAUCCCUUGAUCCCUUGGCUUUAUCCCUGUCACCCCCUUUCUUGAAGCUUCUACUCUAACGAAUCCAAGUCCAGUAACAACCACUUGCUUUAUCUCUGUUUCUCCCUUUCUUGACUUCUCUGUUCUAACAAGUUCGAGUCCAGCAGCAACCACUUUACCAGCCUCUCCGGCGCGGCAGAGGUGGCAGACGCGAAUGGAAGACUGGGAGUGGGGCGUGGCCACCACGUCGCAGAGCCCGAUUGCGCCUGCGUAGGCUGCGGCAAAGCCAAAAGCGCUCGGGCUUGCGGUCUUUGCCGUCUAGUGCUUAUGUAGAAAGAUCGCUCUUCUUACCAGCUCUCAUUUCUGAUCCGCCCCGCUCCCGAGUCUCGCGCUUCGGCUUCGCGCCGAGGCGCCAACACACCUACCGUCCUCUCUCCGACGGAUCGCAGACCUCCCAGUUUCUGCUCCUGACUCCUGGAACCAUGUCUCUGGUAAGCCAGAAUGCGCGCCACGGCAGCGCAGAGACCACCGCAGAUUACAGCGACGGCCGGGGUGAAAUGCAGGUUACUAACAUCUCCGGGCCCCCCACCUCCAUGCUAGUCUCCGAUGCCCCCCAGGACCCUCAGGGUGCCAGCGCUUCCCAGGCUGCACAGGACCCAAAUGACCUAGAGGUCCUAAUUGAUGAGCAAUCCCGACGUUUGGGGGCGCUCAGGGUCCACGACCCUCUAGAAGACAGAUCGAUUGCUUUGGUGAAUUUCAUGCGAAUGAAAAGCCAAACCGAAGGGUCUAUCCAGCAAUCAGAGAUGCUGGAGUUUCUCAGAGAAUACUCAGAUCAGUUCCCUGAAAUCCUCAGACGAGCUUCAGCUCACUUGGAUCGGGUCUUUGGGUUGAACCUGAGGGUUCUUGAUCCUCAGGCUGACACCUACAACCUAAUCAGCAAACGAGGUCCCCAGACCACUGAGAGGCUAGUAGAGUCCCUGGACAUGCCAAAGGCAGGUCUCCUGGCCCUGGUCCUAGGCCACAUACUCCUGAAUGGCAACCGGGCAAGGGAGGCCUCCAUUUGGGAUCUGCUGCUAAAAGUUGAUGUGUUGGAUGAGCCUCAGAGGGUUAACAACCUCUUUGGAAACACAAGGAACCUCCUCACUACUGACUUUGUGCACAUGCGAUUCUUGGAGUACUGGCCUGUAUAUGGCACUAAUCCCCUCGAAUUUGAGUUCUUGUGGGGCUCUAGAGCCCACAGGGAAAUCACAAAGAUGGAAGCCCUGAAGUUUGUGGCACAGGCCCAUGAUGAAGAACCCUGGAACUGGCCAGAAGAAUAUAACAAGGCCCUGGAAGCCGACAAAGCCAAAGAAAGAAGCCAGGCUGCUGGCUUAGAGUUCUGGUCAGAGGACACUAUGAAUGAUAAAGCAAAUGAUUUGGUUCAGUUGGCCAUUAAUGUCACUGAAGAGCUGCUUCCUAUACAUCAGGAUGAGCUAUUGGCUCACACUGGCAAAGAAUUCGAGGAUGUGUUCCCAAAUAUCCUUAGUCGAGCCACCCUAAUCCUUGAUCUGUUCUAUGGGUUCUCUCUGAUUGAGGUUGAUACCAGUGAGCACAUCUAUCUCCUUGUCCAGCAGCCAGAAUCAGAAGAAGAGCAAGUGAUGCUAGAGAGCCUGGGGAGACCCACUCAAGAAUAUGUGAUGCCAAUCCUGGGUUUGAUCUUCUUGAUGGGCAACCGUGUCAAAGAGUCCAAUGUGUGGAAUUUGCUUCGAAGAUUUAGUGUGGAUGUAGGGAGAAAGCAUGCCAUCACCUGUAAGCUUAUGAGACAGCGCUACCUGGAAUGCAGGCCUCUUUCCUACUCUAACCCAGUUGAAUAUGAGCUUCUCUGGGGUCCUCGAGCUCACCUUGAAACCACCAAAAUGAAAGCCUUGGAGUACAUGGCCAGGCUCUACAGAAAGCGACCACAGGACUGGCCAGAGCAAUAUAGAGAAGCUGUGGAAGAUGAAGAGGCCAGAGCUAGAUCUGAGGCAACUGCCAUGUUCUUCUUUGGCGCCAUGUGAAGUGCUGGAAAGAUGUAUCACUUCACCUGAGUGGUAACAGUUAAAGGGGCCUUGGGGAAAUGGGUACUGGAGGCCCAAAUCAGAAGUUGGGGGAGAGUUGGGUUAGGGAAUACACAUUGUGUUUGUUAUCUGUGUUCCAGUUCUAAAAGUAUUUCCUUCCUUUUAAUAUGCCCUUGAAUUAAGUUCGUGACCAGUGUUUAUAAAUGAAAUUUCUCAUUUGCCAUCCCUGUCUUGUUUAAGUACUGAAGUUCAGAUAGUUGUGUAAAUGUAUUGGUAAUAUGUAUAUUUUUGAAAUAAGCAGUAAAAUGAUCUGGUACAGGAGUUAAACAAUAACAGAACACACAACAAAAACAAAUACAAAACACUGCUUUGUGGUUGUCUUCCCUUGUGUGUACUAUUGUGUGUGUAUAUAUAUAUAUAUAUAUAUAUAUAUAAAAGACUGACAUUUACCUGUAUUUGUUUUGCUGUUCCAGAGUGUAGUGAAAAAUAAAAAGCAUAAUGAAUUAGA